CGAAUGAAAUCGGUAGAAUUAGAUAGCUUUCAAGAUUUAGAAGAAAAUAGUGGGGUUUUUUCGUACGCUUAACUAGCAAAACAUUUUAAUAUUCGCAAUGAAGUAAUUAAAUAUUAUCUGUAUCUGGGACGAGAUUUUUAACAAUCGAUAUUUAUUUAAUCUAAUUUUAACAUUUGACAUAAUAAAUUUGAUGACAAUAAUUGAUUUAUUGGUAUUUUAUAAGGCUAGUCCUUUUAUUUAUCAACAAUGGAAUUUUCACCAUAUUUAAGUACCGUUCAGUCGAUAGAAGGACAAACACCUGGAGAUAAAUAUCGAACUUUGAAUAAUAUUGCAAGAAAUAUAGCAGCAACAUACCGAGAUGUGAGUAAACCGAUUAGAAUUUUUCCAUCUGAUAGGCUUCCAAGAGCGUUGAUACCCUUUGUGACAUUAGAGGUUGCAGAUAUAUUAAGAAAACCUGAAGAAAUAGCUGAUGCUCUUCUAUCAGAAGAUAUUCAAAUAUUCAAUCGAGCACUUAAGAUAAAAUGGUUUUUUACUAGUAAUAUUCCGAAUUAUUCGGACGUUCAUUUUUUUGUAAACCGACUUUUUCCGAAGAUAUGUCUAAUAAAUCGUCUCAAAAUCAUCAGAGCUUUAGGCAAAUAUCUACGUCCACAUCCAGAUUUAGCUCGAACCUUUUACAGUUCAAUAGCUUUACAAUAUGGAUAUGAUAUUGCUCGACCAUUAUUACUAGUUUGUGAUGAAUUCUUCUUGAAGAAUAAAAUGACAGUGUACCGAAUCGUAUUGAAUUUGGGUGAAAUUAAAUAUCUUUACUAUAAAUAUCCAAACUUAAUGUUAACAUAUUUGAAACAAUCAGUUCGGGAAAAUAAUUCUAAAAGAAUGCUCUAUGAAAUUUAUAUAGACAAUUAUAAAGAAUUUUUACCAUUGAUUGUGAAAAAACAUCCUAGAGAUUUUGUCAAAUUGAUCCAAAGAUCUUGCUCCAUGGGUAUCAAAUUGAGUAGUGAAAAAACUAAAUUAUUGUUGAAAGUUGAAAUAGAUUCAAUUAUUAAUGAUCCAGCAUUAUUUCUACCUAUGCUAACUGUAAAAGAUGUCCUUCAACAAUUAAAACUUCCACACUACAAAUUAAUUGUACAAAAUUUGUUUAGAACAUGUCUGGCAGAUCUAGAUUUUGAAAGGAUGAAAGAAUGUUUCCAAUAUAUUCCUACAGAAUACAGAGCAUCAUUGAUUACUUCAACUUUCAUUGAAAAAUAUGGAGAUAAUUGGGUGGAAAACUUCAGGUGUGAAAACAUAUCACCUACGGUAUUGAGAGUAUUUUCUGGUGAUGUCCGAACUAAAUUAGCUAAGAAGAAAUUAGAAGUAGACAAUAACUGGUAUACUGAUGAUAAUAAAAAUAUUGAAUUUUCUUGGAGAUGUUACCUACCAAUUGAAGAAUCAAUUCCUCUUAUUAAAGAAAAAAUUUUAAAGACUAGUAGUGUAGCUAUUAAACUAAAUCUGAUGAGACAAAUGCUCUUGACAUGUUAUAUUAAUGACGAUUCACAGGCUCUACGAAGCACAUUAACUUAUAUUACAACUGAAUAUACAUACAGUAGAACUUCCUAUACUGCAGAAGAAGAAUCAGAAUUAAUGGAUAUAUUGUUAUCAUCAGUUACUCAGAAGUUACAACCUUUACAGAAAGAGCAUUGGGAUGUAAUAUAUGAUUACAUGAAGUAUUUGAAAAAGUCAAAAGGUACCAUAGCUAAUAAAGAUAGUGCCAAAAGCAUUUUAAUUGAGAACAUUCGGUUUAAUUUGAUAAAUAAUUACCCUAUUAGAAAAAAAAUAAAUAUGCUGACUGAAAUUUAUCGAGACAAGCCAGAAUUAUUAGAUUGGAAUAUUGUUAAAAAUAAUCCCAGACAUGAAAAAAUAUGCUUUACAGAAUUUUCUAAAUCAAUACCUAAGAUAUUUUAUGAAGAUCAGCGAGACAGUACAUAUCGAUGGCGUAAAUUAUGUAUUAAUUUUAUGAAAACAAUUUACAAGUAUAAUGAUCGUUAUUAUAUAAAAACCAACAUAGUUAAAAGAAAGCUAUCUAUUAAAAAAAUCCCAUGGUUGUUGGAGACUGUCAAAAAAUUAAUAAAUCUAUUUUACAGAGGAAUAAAAAUAGGAAAUCUUACGGCAAUUGAUCUUGCUGAACUUGAUGAUUUAUUAAGAUGCAAUGAACCAAAUUUAUUACCUCUUGAAAGUGUCCAAGCAUAUACAAAAAGAAUAAAAUUUUUCCAAUGGACUGAGCUGCAAUAUCUUUUUAAUCCAAAUCCCAAAUUUCGUAAUUAUAAAGAAAAUUAUGAUGACUGUAUAAAAAAUAUCGGAAGAAAAGGUACCCGAACAUUUUUGAAAUUUUGUCGCUGGCAUCAAGAUAUACCAAUAAAAUUUGUUGAAUUGGCUUUAGAAGAUUUGAACAGAACAGAAAAAAAUUAUAAAGCACUAAUAGUAUUGAGUAUCCUAAUUGAAGGAGCAGAAUUUGAAAGAUUUAUCACACCUCUUAUUCCAAAUUCAAUGAGAAUCACUAGUAGGACUUUUUUAACAAUAACUGUAAAAACUAUGCAAUAUGUCAAUCCUAUGGUGUCUACAAAUGUAUUGAAGAAACUUUGUGAAACUAACAUCGACAACAUCAUCAUAAACUGUUUAUUAAUUGCGACAACACGGGUAAGAGCUUAUAGAUUGAUACCUUUUUGUCAAGAAUUAAAUCAACAAUAUAUUUAUCUUUUACGACAUCCCAUGAAUACAUUACGAAUUGUGAUCAAGCUUGAUGAAAUUUUACCUAUUUUAAAAAACUAUUGGGAAGAAUCAAAACGGGAUUUUGAUGAUGAUGAUUUUGAUGAAAUAAAUAAACGUUUUCAAUUAAUUAAAACCAUGUUGAUACUUUUUGAUACAAGACCAUGCCCAGAAACGUGGGCAUUGCUAGAUGAAUGGCUAGAUGAUUUAAAUUCGAAGGAUGAUCAUCAUAUCUUAAAGUUAUUAGCUAUAUAUCGUGAAGUUCCUUAUCCUUGGUUGGGACACUAUCUGAAAAAAGUCAUUUUUACUAUCAGAAAACUUGAAAUACAAUCUGGCAUGAAAGGAGAUUGGGCCAGUUGGUUUGAAAUUGCUCCACUAUUUGAUAAUCUUCCUCUGGAUGCAGCUGUAUUAUUAGAAGAGAAUGUUCAUGAAUUUGUAAUCUCACUAUACUGGGAUAUUGCACGAAGUAAUAAAAAAUUAUUAAUCAUGAUGACACGAUAUGUGAUGAAUUCAUAUUUUUCAUCAGCAGACCAUACGAACAUAGAGCACAGAAUAAGUUUUAUUGUAACAAUGUUUGAACGAACUUUAGUAAAUUAUCAACUUCUACGAAAAUCUAAAAAUAAACUGUGGGAUUGCACUAUUGAAGAUUUCCUUGACGAAUUCGCACAAAUUUUAUUCUUCGAUACAGAGUACAGUUUGACGAAACAACGACUUAUUGAAGAACUGUUCAAUCGUUUUUUGAUAUCGUUUCAAGCUCUAGAUCAUCCUUCAUUUUAUUGUUAUUGCUACUUGUAUGGUUUUUAUGAUCCAAAAACAACUGUAAUUAAAUAUAUUAAUAGAAUUUAUAAUAUUUUACCAAUCCUGUAUGGAACUUUUGUGGGUCACAGCAUUAUCCCUUUAACUAAGUUUCUUCAUAGAUUGAUGAAACAUUUUUAUGGGCAUCAAAUACAGGACGCGAUUCUAUAUCUUAUAUUUAUGAAUGAUAAGAAUGCUAAAUUUUUAGCAGCAUCUUUAUUUGUAAUUGACAGAAGACAGAUAAGCCCCAAAAAAUUCUGGUUGAUUCAUAAUUUACUGAUAUUUGAUAACGAUCCUUUUGUUAGUGCAAAGGCUCAUGCUGCACUUUGCAUGCUCAGUCCAGAAGAACGUUUAUUUUUACGGCUUAAUUAUCCAUUCGCGCAUUAAUAUUUCAUUAAUAAUAAUUAAUUCAAGCAAAACUUUUAAUAUGAAAAACGUUUUCAUAAGUAUUUCAAUUUUAUAUCACAUUUGUAAAUUUUAAAUAAAAAUCAUUUUGAGUGAAA